UUGAAUAGGGAAGUUUGCAGAGCGCAGUUGUUCCCCAUCCAGUCCGGUGCAGUGUUUGCAAACACCUUGAACGCAAGCGAGUGAGCGAGAGAGAAGAAGAAGAAGAAGGGGGGGACUGACAGACGGACGUUCGGCUGCUACUGCUGCUGAAAACAAGCGCUUCUACUCCGCUUGCAUCGCAGGGGACCCCGCUCUUAUUCCUUCCGCUGGGUGUUUAUUUUUUUAUUUUUAUUUUUAUUUUUUACCUGACAAACAGAUUUAACUUGCAGCUAAAUAGGCUUCUUAUUUUUUGAAACAAGCUCUGGAAAAAAGAAAAUAAAAGAAAAAUGGAUGUUCUACCCAUGUGCAGCAUCUUUCAAGAACUUCAAAUAGUUCACGACACGGGCUAUUUCUCAGCCUUACCGUCACUGGAGGAGUACUGGCAGCAGACAUGCUUGGAGUUGGAGCGCUACCUCCAAAGCGAGCCUUACGUCUCCACAGCCGACCUCAAGUUCGACAGCCAGGAGGACCUCUGGAGUAAGUUGAUCUUGGCCUGCGGGGACAAGGCCAAGGCCGAGUCUGACCCCAAGCUGCCCGCGGCCCACGAGGAGGACAAUCAGGACAGCCAAAUCUUGGACACCAACAGUGUGAAUUCUGACGCCAGCAGCGAAGCUUCAGACAGUUCGGAGGAGCUCUCGCCCAUACACUGCUUUACCUCCAACCCUCUGGGCUCCGUCUUGGUUGGCUCUGGACCUUUUAGCCCCUCCAUCAUAAGCACUCCCCCGUCCUCUCCGGAGGCCAAUUUGGAGGCCGGCGGCGUGACUAACGGCUGGGUCGCCACACACGCCGAGUUGCACUUGCCGGUCAAAAUCAGGAGCGGCGGGGUGGCAAAGAGCACGGAAAAGACGGGACUCAUCUGCGGGGACGCGUCUCCGGACGGCAGGAGGCGAGUACACAGGUGUAACUUCAACGGCUGUCGCAAGGUUUACACGAAGAGCUCCCACCUAAAAGCACACCAGCGCACUCAUACAGGUGAAAAGCCUUACAGGUGUUCAUGGGAGGGCUGCGAGUGGCGUUUUGCACGAAGCGACGAGUUGACCAGACACUUCAGGAAGCACACUGGGGCAAAGCCAUUUAAAUGCAGUCACUGUGACAGAUGUUUCUCCAGGUCUGACCAUCUGGCUCUUCACAUGAAGAGGCACAUCUAGGGCAGGGCAAGCUUCAACCGAGCAACACAGAGAAGAGGAAAGUUUGAAAAGAGAAAUUUAAAAAAAAUAAAUAAAAAAAGCAAAUGCCGUCUCCCGACCAGUCUCUUGGUUGAACUGUCCCAGAGCAGAGUGGCGGGAGUGUGUUCCAGCCAAAGCAUGCCGUUUUGCACCAUACUGAAACCCAGUGCCUCCGGGACCUCUCUUUGGAGAAAGGCGCUCUGAAGGUUGUCUGUUGCAACAAAAAGGAAAAUGGAUGGGGAAGACUUUUUUUGUUUUGUUUUUGUUUAUCUGAUUGAGAUGGACUUACAA